AUGUCCAACGAAGACGAAUCCCCGGUGCCGGACGCAAAGACGCCUAUCCAGAUUAAAGAUGAAGGCACGGAUAUCAAGUUCGAUGUGGACGAUAUCGUCUCGGGAUGCAAGGUGUACGUGUUCAAGGAAGAUGGUAAGAGACUAGCGGAAAUUCUUCAAAUGCAUUUCAAAAAGGGUAAGAAGCGUUUCUACGUGCACUACCAAGACUACAACAAACGUCUAGAUGAGUGGAUCACUCCAGACAGGGUGGAUUACACUCGACUGAUGAUCAUGCCAGAAGAAGAUAAGGAAGAGAAGAAACCGCAGAAACUGAAGCUGCUGAAAACCAGCAAAUCACAGAAAGGCAGCGCCAAAGCAACGCCACAGCCAGCAGAGUCGACUCCACUAAGUACAGACGAAAUGGAUCUUGAUAACUUGAAUGUUCAGGGCUUGAAAAGACCCGGAGAAGAGGUCAGUAGGGAAGACGAGCUCAAGAAGCUCCGAACGUCUGGUUCCAUGAUCCAGAACCAUUCUGAGGUUGCCCGUGUGCGUAACUUGUCAAGUGUCAUUCUUGGAGAACAUAUAAUUGAGCCAUGGUACUUUUCUCCAUAUCCAGUUGAACUUACAGAAGAAGACGAGAUCUACAUCUGUGACUUUACACUCUCAUAUUUUGGAUCCAGAAAACAGUUUGAAAGACACAGAGCUAAAUGUUCGAUGAAGCAUCCGCCCGGAAACGAGAUCUAUCGAGACGAGAAAGUGAGUUUCUGGGAGAUCGACGGCAGAAGACAGAGAACUUGGUGCAGAAACUUGUGUCUUCUCUCCAAAUUGUUCUUGGACCACAAGACACUCUACUACGACGUGGAUCCAUUCUUAUUCUACAUCAUGACGAAGAGGUCAGACCAGGGGCAUCAUGUGGUUGGGUACUUCUCCAAAGAGAAGGAAAGUGCUGAUGGAUAUAAUGUUGCGUGUAUUUUGACACUACCGUGUUAUCAAAAAAUGGGUUUCGGUAAGAUUUUGAUCCAGUUUUCUUACAUGCUUACCAACGUGGAAAACAAGGUGGGGUCCCCGGAGAAACCACUUUCAGAUUUGGGUCUUCUUUCAUACAGAGCCUUCUGGACAGAUGUUUUGGUCAAGUUACUCGUGGAAAGAUGCAAUCCACAUCUUUAUAAGAAAAACAAUCCAAUCAAGGGCGAUGAUAAGGAUUCAGACACCCCACCUCCACGUAAUGCGGGGCCACCAGAGAUCACCAUUGAAGAGAUCUCUUCUAUUACAUGCAUGACCACCACCGACAUUCUCCAUACGCUCUCGACGCUCCAGAUCAUUAAAUACCACAAGGGUCAACACAUUAUUGUGAUCACAGACCAGAUCAUGGUUUUGUACGAAAAACUCGUGAAAAAGGUUAAGGAAAAGAAGAAACAUGAGUUGGAGCCCGAAAGACUUCAAUGGACUCCACCGUCGUUUACCGCCAACCAGUUGAGAUUCGGAUGGUAG